AUGACACCUUUGGACACUUUUCCCACGGAUGACACUUUCGGACAUGUUGACAUCGCCUCUGCUGGAAGGCAGCCCGACGUGCACGACAUGCACAGCCUGCCCGGGGACGCGCGUGACGCCAACGGCGGCCUGGACGCCGCCCCCUUCAGCGCCAACGGCGGCACGGCUGAGGCCGCCGGGCUCGGGCAGCUCGGGCAUCCCGGCACCCGGCAGCACGUCCACUUUCCUGACACGUCCAACGCCAGAGUGGUCCUGGACGAGAACUUUAGCCAGGUGGACUCGCCCGGCACCGGAGUCGAAGAUGGCAGCGCGGGACUGGAGUGGCCCAUCCCGCAGGACGAGAAGGCCCUGCUCAGCUACCAACCACUGAGACAAAAACUACACUUGUUUGAUGCUAGUGAGGGUGCACCCUUUGCACCCAUGCAAUUAUGGCAUGAAUGGCAUCAGGAGAAGAAUUCACCCAAACUCUGAU